AGCAUUUUGAACCAUGUCGUGGCAUAAGAAUCUCACAGAUCCAAUAACCUCUAAAGCAGUAGCAUCGGUUGAAGCACCGCUGGGGUUUAAUGAUCCCGUUAAGGCUAAAUCUACGGCACAUACACAGCCCUCUCAGAGCCAGUUGGAGGAGUUGAAGAAGAAGAAGAUUUGGGACCUUGCGAUUGGUCCUGGAAAGCAAAUUCCGAUGAACCUGUUCAUGUCCUGGAUGUCGGGUUCUUCUCUCCAGAUCAUUCCAAUAACUAUGACUCUGAUGUUGUUCAAGAAUACAAUCAAUGCCAUAUUGAGCACUAACUCAAUGUUCAAACCCCUGGAAACAAAGAACAAUUCAAAUGAUAUCACACUGGCAAAGAUUGUAUAUUUUGCCUUAAACAUGGUGAUUAUCGGUAUAGGUCUCUACAAACUGGAUACUAUGGGCCUGGUGCCUCGUAAAACUGGUGAUUGGUUAAGCUGGGAGGAACAAACAAUUUGGUCUAAUGUUGUUGUUUAGUUAAAUCAAGUGAUACUGUUUAGUCUUAUGU